AAUCAUCAGCUGAAAAAAAAAAACGAGUCUUUGGUUAUUAAUCACGUCCUUGAGAAGAGUCUUGUACUUCGUGAAACUGUAGUUCAGGAUCUUCUCCACCGCUUCCACUGAAUCCAUCUCCGGCGAAAGUUGAAGGCGGCGUUGAAGAGAAGAGCUUAGGUCACACUAAAGCAGAGUUAAGAGAACAAAAAAUAUCGCCAUGUCUAACGAAGAACAAGGAAGCAUCUUGAAAGCUCUUGACGUUGCAAAGACUCAAUGGUACCACGUCACGGCGGUGGUAGUCUCCGGUAUGGGUUUCUUCACAGACUCAUACGAUCUCUUCGUGAUAUCUCUUAUCACGAAGCUACUUGGCCGGAUCUACUAUCAGGUUCCUGGCUCCUCCUCUCCCGGAAGCCUCCCUGACGGUAUCUCUGCCGCCGUGAGUGGUGUGGCCUUCGCCGGAACGUUACUCGGACAGAUUUUCUUCGGAUGUCUUGGUGACAAGCUUGGACGUAAGAGAGUCUAUGGUUUGACACUCUUGAUCAUGACCAUAUGCUCCAUUGGUUCUGGUCUUUCUCUUGGAAGAGACCCAAAAACUGUCAUGGUAACUCUCUGCUUCUUCCGCUUCUGGCUCGGGUUUGGUAUCGGUGGUGACUAUCCUCUCUCCGCUACGAUCAUGUCCGAGUAUGCCAACAAACGUACUCGCGGAGCGUUCAUAGCAGCGGUUUUCGGUAUGCAAGGAGUUGGGAUCCUUGCUGCAGGAGCGGUUUCGUUACUUGUCUCGGCUGUUUUCGAGAGUAAGUUUCCAUCUCGGGCUUAUAUAUUGGACGGUGCAGCCUCCACUGUCCCACAAGCAGAUUACGUGUGGAGGAUCAUCCUCAUGGUAGGCGCCUUACCAGCUCUCUUGACUUACUACUGGCGGAUGAAGAUGCCCGAAACUGCUCGUUACACCGCUCUAGUCGCCAAGAACGCGGAACAAGCAGCUUCGGAUAUGACUAAGGUUCUCAACGUAGACAUUGAAGCCUCUUCCGCAAAGAAUGACCAAGCUAGGGUUUCCUCAGACGAGUUUGGCUUGUUCUCCAUGAAAUUCCUUCGCCGUCACGGACUUCACUUAUUCGGAACAGCCUCCACAUGGUUCCUCCUCGACAUUGCUUUCUACAGCCAAAACUUGUUCCAGAAGGAUAUCUUCACCACCAUCGGUUGGUUACCUUCGGCUAAAACCAUGAACGCAAUCCAAGAGCUCUUCAUGAUCGCUAGGGCUCAAACCAUAAUCGCUUGUUGCAGUACCGUUCCCGGUUACAUUUUCACUAUAUUCUUGAUCGAUUAUAUGGGACGGAAAAAGAUUCAGGUCAUGGGAUUCGCUAUGAUGACCGUUUUCAUGUUCAGUUUAGCCAUACCGUACCAUCAUUGGACCUUACCGGCUAACCGGAUUGGUUUCGUGGUUCUCUACUCUUUCACAUUUUUCUUCUCAAAUUUUGGACCUAACGCAACUACUUUCAUUGUCCCGGCUGAGAUUUUUCCGGCGAGGAUAAGGUCAACUUGUCACGGUAUCUCGGCAGCGUCGGGUAAAGCCGGUGCGAUGGUCGGUUCUUUUGGGUUUUCUGCUUUGGUUAAAGCUUUGGGUAUGAGUACCACGUUAUACAUCAUGGGAGGAAUCAAUCUUGCUGGCUUGUUAAUCACGUUAGGUACAAUUCCGGAGCCUAAUGGGAUAUCGCUUGAAGAGCUUUCCGGCGAAACUGAACCGGAGAAAAUCCAGGAGAAGAUUGUUGUUGUUUAGAUUUUUUUUUUAAUUUCUUUUUGUUUUUCUUAAUUAUCGCAUUUUGUUAGGAUCUUUUGUUUUUUUUUUGUGUUUUGAAAGAUUUUUAGAUUAUAUUGUUGCACUCUGAGUUUCCUACUUUUUUUUAAUUACGUUUUCAUUAAACGGAUUUUAUAAUAUAUAAAAACUGCUAUUAGAAUCUGA